GAUCAACGUGUCUCUGGGUCAAAAACACACAAUAGAGRCCACACGAACAGAAGGCACGAAUUAGGAAGAUUUGUUUGAUAGCUAGCAACCAAUACAUUUGUGCAUCAUUUUACAAUGACGGGAGGAGGGGAAGGAAGACAUAUCGAAGCGGCAGCGCUCUUGUCCCACGUGAAAAUGCUCGAGUCGAAACUGUCCGAGGAGGAACAGUCGGCGAUGGCAUCGUCGUCUACCUUCGGGCAUCGAAAAGGACCUCAGCUGAGAUUGUGUCGCAUCCCGGAAAGCAAUAAGAGCAAGCAGCAGAAACCUAUCCUGGCAAUGAUGGCACAUACGGAGCGAUGUAUAUCUGCGCAAGUCAUGAGAGAAUCGGUUGGGUUUUCGGGCGCGGGAGCCCCGGUCGAGGUCUUGGUAGUCUCCGAAGAGGAUGCUAUCACAUCUGCCAUUAUAUUGACACUGGAAAGACCCGAUUUAACGAUGGACGAUUCUCUCGUCGUUGCGGACGACCACGAUCAGGAACAGAACAGACCUCCUCAUACGCGUCGUCAGCAGCAACAACCCAAAUCUUUGUUGACCGGUGGCGUUGUCCCUGUUUCACCAAAUUCUCGAUUGGCGAUUAUAGUCGGCACAAAAUCCAGCCGGGUCAUCUCCAUCGAAUUUUCGGUGCAAACAAAGUCAAUGCAAUUGGUACGACGCAGCUACAGCACUGGAAGUGGGUCAGAUCAGRCCAUUCUACCCUAUUUUGAACCCUUUCCACGCGAUCAUCUCACGCUGAAACAAGUAGAUUUGCCCCAAACGACAGCGGAUUGCAGUCGUCUGCACCGCACGCGAAGGMUCGACGAAAAUUUCAGCAAUAGUGGAAGUAGCAGUGCCAAAAGCACUGAAAGAAACAAAGAACAGAAGGUAGUGGUUCCUUUUGAUCCAAGAGGCGGUGUUGCCUCGCUGGUUCCCUACUCUGUCUCGACCGUASAUGCUCAAAAGCGUUCACAGCUGAACGAAAUAACYGGUAGAAACAACGAAUCAAUUGAAAAAUCAAAGGAAACUGGCAAUUCUGGCGAUAGGGAUGGUGUUGAGCACGAUAUUGCGACCUACGUUUGGAUCGGUUAUGGAGAUGGAACAGGUAUGCGACUCCAUCAUGCUGGAUUCUUUCCUUCGGUUGUUCUCAAGUACAGCAAUACAUAUUACAACRAAAACGGUGAGGGUCACGAAAAUAAAAAGGAUGAAUUGCCACCGUCUUUGGAGGAUGUAUUGGGUCAAUCGCUUAUCAAAUGGCAGGCGCAUUUGCCGAUAUCUUCCACACUUUCCAACCCUUUGAGUGCAGAUCGCAUGAUUGUCAUCCCGAUUCCGAGGURUCAUCCCACACCAUUGGCAGCGGCCACCAACAGCGUGACGCCUUUUCCUACAUCAUGGAAUGAUGCUUAUCAGGYGGGAAUGAUGGGCCGCGGCAUCGACACUGACACAAAUAAUUACKGCGAUAAAAAGCACACCGCGARAGGCGGUGAAAAACCGAAAGAGGAUGAUUGGUCAAAAGAUUACGAAGCMAUCGUUUAUUACAAGAACAACUAUGACAAUGCCUUUCCCACUCUGGUCUUCUAYACGUCAGAAGAUCAAUAUACAGGGCGAUUCGAGGGCGAUUUACGAGAACUACUCUACGGGUCUUCAUGUAACGAGGAAAAAAAAGUAGAUAGUAAUGCUGGAAGUUUGGGCAACCCGUUAGCGGCCAUUGUCGGUGGCAUAUUUGGCGUUUUUACUGGGGGUGGCGACCACAAUGAGGACGAAACAGAGGGCACUGCAGGUGAUGCCGUUGCUGAUUUAAAUGGAGCAGAGAAGACGUCGUCGAACGGAGAUGCUGACUGGGAACCCUGUCUUCCUUACCCUGCGAUCAAUCGAGCACCUAUUGACCUCUACGCGGGKGUCGAAAUUCAUGACUCCCCUCGACAAAUUUCUCAGUGCACUAUUGAUCCGCAUGGAAACCUUGCAGCACUAACAGAUACGCUCGGCAGAGUCUCUUUGAUGGAUCUAAGGACAAAACAAAUCAUAAGAAUGUGGAAAGGCUUCAGAGAGACUUCUUGUAAUUGGAUCGAAGUUCCACAAAGUGAAGCCAACGCAGCAACUUGCAAACCGAUGUUGUUUUUGGUCAUCCAUUCACGCCAAAGAUCUGUCGUCGAAGUCUGGCGAAUGACACAUGGCAUAAGGGUAAAAAGUAUGCAAGUUGGAAGAGAAGCAGAAGUGAUCUCUUGCCGCCAAAAAUAUCCCGGUGGAACAGGCUAUAUCAACACGUGCUACAUCGUACACUCAAAUGUCCCAUUUUCGAACAUGAAUCAAGUAGAACGUAUCACCGUAUCUCUUGAAGGCAAUAACAAYGAUGAUAAGGGAAGACGAUCUCUGGAACAUCCCGCCAAGACAAUUGAAUCAUCGAUGCCAUCCCAAGAGGCUACAGCCCGAAUGAAUCGAUUGCAGCAGCUUUUGGGCGAAACUAACGUAGAAUGCCAGUCAGUAGAUGUGUACAAAACGAUGGAACAAAUCGAUUCCCUGGAAGACUUGGCACAAUGCUUGGAUACAGUUGCGACGUCUCAUGCAUUAGAAGAGAAAAUGGGGGUCGAUGGAUCUUCGUUCCAACGGUUGGCAUUAUCGCUUUGUCAACRAAAACUCGACGAGGCAAUUUCAAAAGGAGGUUCGGAAUGCUUAACCAACCCUCAUGUUGAAUUACUUGCAUUCAAAAUUGCAUAYUAUAUGCAAGUUUGUGCAGGAUACGAGAUUUUGCAUAAGUAUGAGAAGGGAAAUACUGAAAGUGGAGAUUUAGAUGUGGAGGUAAAACAACCUGAGAGUUGGGGUCUCGAAGCUGCAGGAUGGACAUCUACAUACUUAAAAAUUACAAAAGAAAUGAUGGAUAAGGACAUUGUACCUCCUCCAACAGAUCCAAUGAUGUUUURCGAAUAUGCAUCAUGCCUUGUAGCUCCGAAGAAAUGGAAGACUGCGGCAUUUGACGAAAAGAAUGGUGGCUAUGCCAUUUUCCUCAGCGACAGUUCUCGCACAAGGAGGGAUAUGAUCGCAAGAAUUUUCCAACCACUUAUCAGCGAUGUGUUCUCAUUCAAAGUGGUCAACCAAGUAUUUGAUUCACUUGGGAUCAAAAACAAUUACGAAUACAAAGCYAAGUGCUUCGGCGAAUGGUUCGUAGGGCUUCCAAUCAAGAAAGCGACUAAAAAUGCUAUAUUUGUGCAGUUUUCUCCGUCAAUGCGUUGGCUCAAGGAGAUUGCUUCMUGUCAGAUCGAUAAUUCUCUUGAUGCCGACGAAAUAACGCCUAUGGAUUCGCUAUACCACUUUUGCCGUCAUUCCGAAGACCUAGUCAGAGCUUUCUGGCUGGCAGCGCUCUGUCGUCAAACAAUUUUUGAAGUAGCUACAGACAAAGAGAAAGAGACUUAUGGAAGAGUGGAUAGGUCACAGAUUAUCAGUCGAUGGGAUACGCUACUGAGACAACUUCGAGUUUGCCUACUGGUGUCGCUACGUCUUUUUGGUAGCCCCCUCGGUGCAUGUCCGAUUUCUGUGAAGGCUGUAGAUAGAAAAGAYAACUUUUCAGUCUUCGAGUGGUUGGCCCGAGAUGAGCUCGCGAUGAGUCACAACCAAGGCGAAAUAUCAACUCUGGAAAUGGCGUGCCAGAUAAGCAACCGAGCGUUUGAUCCCUCGAAACGAGAGGGUGAUGGGAAAAUCCGGUGGAAGACAGUACAGAGGUCCUGUCUCACGGCUGCACUCGGAGAAUCCGAAAGGGCCGAAUACUUGGUAGAUUUCGACGACGACGAAAGGCUCGGAGCACUUCAUUUGUAUCUAAGGCCCCACAAUAAACCUGAACUAUUAGUUGCACAUAGGGCACUUCUCCUCUCCUCAAAAUGGGGGCGUGGGCCCAGCAGACUGGAUAUUCUUGAAGAUGCACUUGUUGCAAUGCGGACAAUCGAUCAAAACGAACAAAAGAGUCUAGCAUACGCUGUCACUUUAGACGUGUGGCAAAGGCAAAUCAGGCCGAUUUAUCGAGCUAUGCUGUUCGGCUUUGAUGACGUUCACGAGAUUUCUCCUGAUGUCAUCACGCCGCUUCUCAACGACACGGCUUGGGUGGAUACGUUUAGCAAGUAUGCAUCUCAAUUGUUGGAACUUCUAGCUGGAAUCAAUUUUGGAGAAGGUGAGCACGUGAAUCAAUGGACAUCUCAAGUUGUAGAAGACGAUUCAACGUGGCCACCUGUCAGAGAUUGCUUCAUUCUGCAGCGAUUGGUUGCUCGAAACAAGUUGGUCGACAAAGGUGCUUUGGAAGCGCACCAGACUCUAGUCUACGCUCUGCGCAUAAACAAYGAUCUUCAAAAAUUGACGGGGUGUAUUCCUUCGUUCUAUCACCUAUUCCUGUCGGAGGCGUUGUUUAACGAAGUGUUGUAUACAGAGGAAAUAGAAGAGAAGCAGCAUGAAUUUAUGCAAGAUUCGAUUGUCGUAUUUGCUAAGUCCUACCACGGUCCAAAUAUGGAUACACUGAAUAUGGGAGAUAUUGAUGCACUUGCCGAUCUCUGGGACUUUGAUAGAAUGAAUGUGAAUACUCUUUUCCUUCUUUCCAUGUACGAGUUCGGAAAAGAUGCGGCAGUUGACGAACUGCUGACGAAGAGUUCUUCGUCUAUAAGCGUUGAGCAUUUUGUGGACGAGGGACUUGAUAUAAUGUGUCGAAGAUUGAACAAUUUGCUGAAUGUGAACCCAAGUGACGAAAUCCGUCACAUAAUGGGAACACUGGAUGCCGACAUUUGCGAAUGGGUCAAAGAGAAGGCUGAGGAGUCCGAGCCGUUGCUAAAUGCGAAGUUCGAUGUGAAAAUCGGGUCUACCCAUCUAUUCGGUUUGCGUCUUUUGAGUUUGGCGGCAACCGCCGACGUUUCYAAGGCAGAAAGAAUACAAAUUCACUCUCUCAUUGUUUUGAGCGGCACAAUUGUUAAAGUUCUCGAAUCAACGUCUUCUUCUGCAGAAAAAAGGUCGAGUGUGGCCGGUGACGUUUCGCAACCAAUCAACUCUCCCAAAAAGCCCCCAWAUCCAAAUUCAUUUUCAUCACCUUGAGGCAAGAACUGUUCUGGAUCGGUUUUGAAUUGUGCUGUGUAAUACCCCUUAUUAAUGGAUUGCAGUACGAAUYAUUUUAGUACUUUUCCCACGUUACAGUAUUCAAAAUGMAAUAUUGCAUUAUCAAUACCCUUGCUACCACUAGAAUCACMGAAUAUGCCCACAUUCAAAAAUCUAGUGUAAUUUUCCUCUUCUUCUUGAAGCUUUUUGUGUGCAAUAGAGUAAUCUGGAGUGU